GUCUCAUGUGGAAUAUUCAGGGAAGCAGUUGGGAGGAGGAACGCAGAAACUCCUGAAGUGCUUUGUUUUUGGAACACUACCUCUUUGAAUUUACAUUUCACGCCCCCUCCGUUAAGGAAAAACUUUUUUUUAUUUUUAACUUUUUUCUUUCUCAUUUAACUCUCUCUCAAUCCCACCUUCGCCUUCCUCAAUCUGCGUCCAUCUGUCUCUCGCCUCACACUUUUCAAUUACCUCCGGUUGGUGGCGGCUGUUGGCUCUGCGCUGGUUCUAUAUGGCUGAAUAAACGGUUAAAAGAGGGGGGGGCUUGCUCCGGUGGUUUUCUCUGUGAGAGUGUGAGAAGUUGCAGUCCAGACCAGGACAAGCAAGAGAAGGAGGUGGUGGAGGAGGAUGGCGGUGGCUCUGGAUGAAGUGUGGGGGCGGGUAAAGAAUGUCUGCAAACAGAACGGUCUGCUCAUCCUGUCUGUGCUGGCCGUGGUCAUUGGCUGCCUGCUGGGCUUCUUCCUCAGAGGAAAGCAGCUCUCCGAGCAGGAGGUGAAGUACUUCCAGUUUCCUGGAGAGUUGCUGAUGAGGAUGUUGAAAAUGUUGAUUUUGCCCCUCGUCGUAUCCAGUUUAAUGUCAGGUCUGGCUGCUUUAGACGCCAAGUGCUCCAGCCGCCUGGGCAUCAUGACCAUCUCCUACUACCUCUGGACCACCUUUGUUGCCGUGGUAGUGGGUAUCCUCAUGGUUUACAUCAUCCACCCGGGCGGAGCCGCUCAGAAAGAGGACUCUGAUGAAAGCAAGAAGCCGAUGACCAGCUCUGCUGACGCUCUGCUGGAUCUCAUCCGCAACAUGUUUCCAGCGAAUCUGGUUCAAGCCACUUUUCAACAGUAUCGAACCCAGAGAGUUCCUGAGCUCAUCCCCAAACCAACGGUGGCUCAGCUCCUGGAUGAGACGACCACGCGCAGAGUCUACAUCUACGGCAUCCAGGACGACAAUGGCACGGAUAUACAGAAUUUCUCCCUGGAUCUCACGCCGCCGCCUGACGUCAUCAUGAAAACAUCACCUGGUACCAGUGAAGGCAUGAAUGUGCUUGGGAUAGUAAUUUUUUCAGCGACCAUGGGAAUUAUGUUAGGAAGAAUGGGACCCAACGGAAGCGCUUUGGUCAACUUCUGCCAGAGUGUGAAUGAGGCCGUUCUGAAGAUCGUUGCCAUUGUCAUCUGGUAUUUCCCUUUUGGGAUCGUCUUUCUGGUUGCCGGUAAGAUCUUGGAGAUGGACGACCCUUCAGCCAUGGGAAAGAAGCUGGGUUUUUAUGCCAUUACGGUGGUAAUGGGCUUGGUGCUACAUGGCCUUUUUAUCCUCCCAGCCAUGUACUUCUUCAUCACUAAGAAGAGCCCCAUUGUGUACAUAAGAGGCAUUUUGCAGGCCCUUCUCAUCUCCUUGGCAACCUCCUCCAGCUCUGCCACACUGCCUAUCACCUUCAAGUGCCUACUUGAGAACAACCACAUCGACAGACGCAUUAUCCGCUUUGUGUUACCUGUCGGGGCCACCAUCAAUAUGGACGGCACCGCGCUCUACGAGGCUGUGGCAGCAAUCUUCAUCGCCCAAGUUAAUAACUAUGAGCUUGACUUUGGACAGAUCAUCACGAUCAGCAUCACCGCCACUGCAGCCAGUAUCGGAGCAGCAGGAAUCCCACAGGCUGGACUCGUAACCAUGGUGAUCGUGCUGACCUCUGUUGGCCUGCCAACUGAUGAUAUUACUCUUAUCAUUGCUGUAGAUUGGGCUUUGGAUCGAUUCAGGACCAUGGUGAAUGUGAUGGGGGAUGCACUGGCCACAGGCAUUAUGGCUCAUAUCUGCAGAAAAGAUUUUGUCAAAGAAGGGGAGCAGGUGCCUCUGAUCUGUGAAACUAAGCCCAUGAUAAGCAUCCAGCAGAUGAUGACCUACCAGAACCAGAAGAACGGAUGCUUCCAGCCCCCUCCCCCGGGCAGCAGGCAGGACCACUUCCACCCGGAGGUGGCUCGCCUUAUGCAGCUGGAGGAGGGCGUCCGGCCGCUGGAAAAGAAGAAACACGCUCACUCGUCGCACCAUAAGAGAGAGCACAGGGACAAGGACCACUGUUCCGUGGAUAUGAACGGGCUGGAGACUAAUGUAUAAAAAGACAAUAUAAGACAUGGUGACUUUAAGUCCACAUGCUUCAAGAAGGACUGAGGCCCAGGGUGGGUGAAUGCAAGACGACCCCGGGGCAGAAAAAAAAAAAAAAGACUAUUUUUCUUUUUUACGUAACUUAAAUAAUGACCCGCAUUUGAUUGUGUAUGUUUGUGUGUGUACAUAUUUAUCAGAGAUGUUUUAUUUGGUACAAAGAGUGACAAUGUGCUGCUCUAGCUUACACACAAUUUGUUUGAGGUUUCACUGACAUCCCCCCAGAUCUGUGAGUCAGCGGAAAUGGAGAACAUACAGAAGAGGAUUAGGGCCAAAAUAGUUAUACAUUUGUUUCUGGAAAUCUCAGAAUUUGAGAAAUAAAGUCGGAAUCCUGAGAGAUUCAUUAUAUUUUUUUUCAAAAUUCUGACUCCAGAAAACCGGAUCAGGUCAGAUCUAAAAAAGAAAUUGGCACUAAUCGUCUUCCAUAAGAACACUACAGGUAAUAUCUGAAAAAAUUAAACAUACCUCUCAUAUCGCUUUCUAUUCAUCAAGAUCUGUUAUGUUUUUAGUAUAAUAUUAUGUUUGUCCUUCUGCUCUUUAUAUUGAAACGGUUGCCUGGUUGGAGCAUUCUUCCAAUAAAUGUUCUGACUCAAAAACAAACAAAGAGAAAAAGAGGAACAACUACACACAAUUGAUAAACCUCUAUUUUUGUUCACAUUUAAAAUAUCGGAUUUUGGGCAAACAAAAAAUUAUUAUUCACAAUGUCCCAUAUUUCUCAGCCACAUCUGUCCCUUUCUUCUCUGCCUUGAUGUCCUGAGUCUAUAAGUGCGUGCUCUGCCUCAUAUGUGCAGCGCUGUACGGUUAUUGCCAGAAUCCAAGACAAAAAGAUGAUAAAGGUCACGAUGAAAACAGGACGAGUGGUUGCCCUUGUGUUGGAGUCUUGUGGAGAUGUCUGAGCGCCCCAUUGUAUCCUCUUUGCCUUAAACGACCAAAGGAGAAGCAAGUGGGACCAGUGCGUCAGCAAGCAAACGCCUAACACCUUGAGACAGAGCAACACAAGGUCAUACUCGGAAAUCUGCCCAUGUAUAUGUGACACGUGCUGUACAUGUGUGUAUUUCAAAAGUCUAAAAAAAGUAGAUUUUACUACCAAGUGUCAAGAGCUGCCAUUCUGUAUUUGUAAAAAGGAAUAUUUCACUGUAGUAUGAAAAUGUACCAACUCUGUAAAAAAAAACGUCAAGAAA